CCUAAAUUGCCCUAAUAGCGAUAGCGCACCAUCACAGAACAAUGGCUAACUUCUACAACACAUCUUGCAAGCCUCCACCGUAUAAUCCAGGGUACCAACAGGCUCCAGGAUACCAACAGGCCCCAGGAUACCAGCAGGCUCCAGGCUAUCCACAAUACCAGGCCCAGGGAGGAUAUCAAGCACAGAAUCAGACUCUAACGUGUAACCAGGUUGGAGGCUAUCAGGCCAUAGCCUGUAAUCAAACUGCUCCUGGUGUGAAUAAUAAUGUUCUUGUUGUACAACCAACACGUCCACCUGCUGUACAAGAGGUAUAUGUUGAGAAUAAUGGCCCUAAUCAUCUCCUCCAUGGAAUUAUUACUUUGUUUUUCUGGCCAUGGGCAAUUGUUUGGUUGAUCGUUUGCCUUGCAUAUGGCGUUUAAACUGGAUACAUGAAUACUUUGUUUUAUGUAAUUUUUGUGUUUUUGUCAAUGCAGUGUGGAAAAUGAAAAUAGUUAACCAAUAACAAUAA